AUGGCUUCUCUCCACAAAGUUGCUAUCUUCGGGGCCGCGGGCAAUUUUGGUACGCCCAUCACAGCCGCUCUGCAGCGUGCCGGCUUUGCAAUUACAAUCAUCACUCGGAAGGAGUCCACUUCGGUGUUUCCGGCUGAAAUUCCCGUCGUCAGGACCACAUACGACCAUGAGAAUCUCACCGCAAGCCUCGCAGGACAAGACGCCGUCGUCUGCGUCAUCGGCCCUGGUGGCAUUGGGGCUCAGAAAACCAUCAUCGAUGCCGCCGAGGCUGCAGGGGUGAAACGGUUCAUCGUCAAUGAUUUCGGUUGGGGCCCGGACAUUGAUGGGCUACCCGAGUUCAAAGCCAUUCAUGCUCAACGGCGUGCAACAUGGGAUCAUGCAAAAGAAAAGGCACGAGAGAACGCGGGAUUUACUUGGACGGGGAUCACCAUAGGUAAUCCCAUUGACUGGGCAAUGGGGCGUUUCCCGCUUAUGGGCUUCGAUAUCGCUCGCCGCACAGCUAUCAUCUAUGAUUCCGGCACCGAGAAGUUCACCGGAACUACACUGGGCGGAAUCGGACAGUCCGUCGUCGGUGUGCUGCGGCAUCCUCAGGAGACAUCCAACCGCUUUGUGAAAGCUCAAUCUAUCGUGACCUGUCAAAAUGAACUGUUGAAUGCCUUCCAAGACGCCACUGGAACACAGUGGGAGGUCCAACACACAUCCGCACAGACACUUAUGGAAAGCGGGAGGAGCAAGUUUCAAAAAGGAGUUAGUGGAUGGGUAUUGGAGUUAGUUGUUGCGCAAUUAUUUGAUGAGGGUCGGGCUCGCUGCAUCGUGGCCCCUUCAAGAGAAGAGUCGGAUGCGGAUCUCUUGGGAAUAGUGGAAGAAACGGCUCAACAGGUGGUGCUCAAGGCAUUACAAGCUUGA